CAAGACAUCAUGGCCAACAUGCGCUUCGCGGUUAGCAUGCAACGGCUGCUACCGUUUGUCGGCUACCACCACAUUCUUAUGAUCUUCAUAGCCAUUGCUAUCAUCCUGCUAUCACUACUACUAGCAGGCUGCUCCUCCACCUCGCCCCUGAUACCAGGCAUCUUCCUCGUUUCCAUGUGGUACGAAAAGUACACCCCCGUCUACUCCACCGAACAAGUCGACCCCGGCGUUACAGCAGCCAUUGCCAACAUUGUCGGCAACGCCCAACUCGCGGUACGCGUGGGAUACUUUGGCAUCUGCAUCAACAAGGAUGGCGGCGACUACAUCUGCACCAACAACGCUACCGCGCUCGUCGACGGUGUGUCGGUAGACCAAGAUCCGCUCAACCUCGUGUGGGUGGCUUCUACGUUCAAGGAUGCCGUUGUCUUCCCAUACCUACUCAUCGUCGCCAUCAUCUUCGCCUUCUUCUGCUUCGUCUUGCUCGCCACUUUCCCCGGAUGGCACGAAGAGCGCGAUGAGCGCACCGGCUCCGAGGUCGACGUCAAGCCUUUCCCAUCCAGACCCGUGUCCCAGGUCGCCCUCGCCCUCAUCUUUAUCGCUUCCAUCUUCGUCCUCGUCUCUGUACUUUGGCAACAUACUGCCGCCGUAUCCGCUGCGACCAUUGUGCAAGAUUUGGGCAAUGGCAGUGUCAAGUCGGGCGUCGGUACCAGUGCCAUGGUGCUCGGUUGGUUCGGCUUUGCACUGUUCAUCAUCGUUACUAUCGGGUUGCUGUGUAUGAUUUUGAGCAUCUUGGCUCUUGACCGUUUGACCGACGACUAA